AUCCAGGUGGAUCUGUCGAAUGAUGGGCUGUCGGGGACGAUCCCUUCGCAGCUGGGCGACAUCUCGCAGCUGACGUAUCUUGGUCUGCGCGACAACUCCGUCUCGGGCACCAUCCCUCCAGAGACGAGCAAGCUCUCGCAGCUGGAGUAUCUUUACCUGUACAGCAACCCCAUCUCGGGCACCAUCCCUCCAGAGACGAGCAAGCUCUCGCAGCUGGUGGAUCUUGUCCUGUACAACAAUGACAUCUCCGGCACCGUGCCGUCGCAGCUCAACGACCUG